CUGACUGACCACAUCAGGGUGUGCUGGCAGCCACCCGCACAGCACAAUGUGAUGCUGUGCGGCUACACCAUUGCCUGGGACCGAGGCGUGGCGGACAUCUACUCCAAGAUCAUGGACAGCAAGCAGUGCAGUUACAUCAUUGAUAAGCUGGAACCCAACAUGGAAUUUGUGAUAAGCCUGCGAGCCUUCAACAACGUGGGUGACGGGCAACCGGUGUACCAGCAAGUCCGCACCCAGCCAGAGGAGGAGGAGGAGGUGUUAGCACCCACACUGGACCUGGCGGUGGGGGUGAAGGCCGUGGUGCUGCAGUGGGCGGACACCAUGCUGAGCCAGAACCAGUACAACAGCUGCACCACCUUCUCAUCCUCAUCCUCCAGCCGCUACGUCAACGCCACGGAUGUGACCUGCCUCAUUGACAGCCUCAAGCCAUCAACAGUGUGUGAGUUUGCUGUGAAGACCAUCAGGGUGAGACCACAGUGCUGGAAGCCUUCGUUCUUCUUUCAGUAAAUAUUCAUUCAGUCCUGCAACACUUCUCAAGGAAAUCCUGCACAGCUGAAUCCUUCCUGUGAUGAGGCACAGAGAAAUUGUGACUCAUAGGGUGAGCUAUUACUAGUGUUUGAGAUAUUGA